AGAAUAAGCCCAUGCAGGCUACUGGGACAGGGGAGCGUGUUGUGGCUGCACAGCCCAGCUGGGCUGGGGUGAGGGAGGGCUUAGCCAUUCCACUGCAGCAUGACAGCUCUUGGAGGGCUCAUUGAGACCUUGGCAAGCUUCCUGACACAAUGCUGGGAGUCUUGCAGCUCUCUGCACAGAGCAGGUCUUCCAAGGGUGCCUUCACCAGUGGCCCUGACCUCUGAACCGUACCAUAAUGGCCCUGAGGUGUUCCCCUUCACCGGGGUGUUGCUAUUCUUCACCGUGCUGUGCUGGUCCUCUCUCCUGGGCAAGGAACUCUUGCCAGUCUCAUGCCUCAAUGAGACCAAUAGAGCCCAAGGACACUCCUAUUGGGCUGCUGCAUGCAAGCACACUGCGUUUGAUGUGGGCCCAGUGCCAUCACCCCAGGGCAUGGCUGGAGCCAUGGCCAUGAUUCCCCACUGGGAUGCCUGCCUGUGGCUGCUGCCCUUGCGCCCCGUGUGGAUUCACCUCUGCUCCAGGGGUUGGGCUGUUUUUUGGAGUGCUCCAAGGACACGGGUUGUUGUUGCUGAUAAGCGGAAAGGGGCAGCUCCACCCCAGCAGGAACAUGUUGUCAGCUGCCUCCACAUCCGCCCCAGGACACAUCUUCCCUUCUCGGAGAGUUUCACUCCUGGCAGCAGGCUGUGUGUUCCCUGCGGUGGUGGUCCCUGUGAUGCCGCUCUCGUGCAGCAUGCUGCUCCCUGCCGUGCUGGGACUGGGGGCCUUGCUGGUCUGGGGGCUGCCCUCGCCCUGCCCCCCGCCCUGCCAGUGCUAUGGCCGUGCCAGCGUCUUCUGCUCAGAGGAGAGGAUGAGGGAGAUCCCAGCAGGCCUGCCUGGCAAUGCCACACAGCUCAUCUUUGUGGAGACGGCCCUGAGCCACAUCCGGAGCGGUGUGCUGGGCCCCAGCACUGCUCUCACCAAACUGGUGUUCAUCAACAACCACAUCCAGGAGCUGGAGCCCGGCGCCUUCCGCAUGCUGCCCGGCUUGGCUGAGCUGGAGCUGUCGGGCAACCCGCUGCCAUUUGUCAGCCCAGAGUUGCUGAAGGGGCUGCCCAGUCUCACCGUGCUGUCCCUCAGCUCCAAUGCCCUCCGCUCUCUGCACCCGGAGCUUUUCACCGCUGUGGGCAACCUGCAGGACCUACGCCUGCAGGGAAACAGGAUUGAGGCACUGCCCCAUGAUAUCUUCCACCCCCUGCAACAUCUCCAGGCCUUGGACCUCUCGCAGAACGUGCUGGCUGAGCUGCCCAAGGGGCUGCUGGCCCCACUCACUGCUCUGCGCGUCCUGAAACUGAGCAACAACAUGCUGGCACGGCUGCUACCCCGUGCCUUUGUAACACUAACCCAGCUGGCUGAGCUGCACCUGGAUGGCAACCAGCUGGUGGAGCUGCCACCUGGUGCCUUUACUGGGCUGGUGGGUCUGCGGCGGCUGCAGCUGCAGCACAACGCCCUGGGCAGCCUGGCCCCUGCCACUUUCUCUGGCCUCACCAACCUCACCUCCCUCAGUCUGGAGGGGAACCGCCUGGCCCAGCUGCCUGCCGCCCUCCUCCAGGGCACCCCGUACCUCCUGCACCUCUCGCUGGCCCGCAACCACCUGCAGACACUGCCCAGAGGCCUCUUUGCCAACCUAUCGGCAUUGCAGAGCCUGGCGUUGGAGCACAACGCCCUGUCCCACCUUCCUGCUGAGGCUUUCCAUGGGCUGGCAGAGCUGACGGCACUGCAGCUGGGCCGCAACAACCUCUCUGUGCUGCCCUCUGGGCUGCUGGAUGAGCUGCCCCGCCUGACAUCACUGGGACUGGAGCACAACCGCCUGUCCCACCUGCCCACGGGCUUCUUCGGUGCCAAUGAGGAGCUGGUGCGCGUGGGGCUGGAGAGCAACCCCUGGGUGUGUGACUGCCGCCUCGCCUACCUGCUGAGCUGGCUGCAGGUGUUUGCCGAGCCCCUAAUCCACCUGCAGGCCUCCUGCACCGGCCCCGCUGCCCUCAUGGGACGGCCCCUCCUGGAGGUGACCCUCCGGCCGCAGAUGUGUUCUCGCCACCAGGGCUGGGACGAGACGCCUGGGGAGGGCACACCAGGGCAGUGCAUCUACAGCGACCCCGAGGGCACCCUACAUAUAUCCUGCAACGCCACGGGCUGUCAGCAGCUCAGCCUUCGCCUCCCUCCUCCUCCUCCUGGGGAGACAGCACGGCUGGGGCCCGAGUACCAGGGUGACUGGGUGCUGCGCUCCUCCUGCGGCACGCUGCGGGUCAGCAUCCUGGUCACGGUGCGGGAUGGAGAGAAGGACGUGUCACCUGGUGACCCUGCUGCGCCCUAGGGCACGGCACUCUGCUUCGGGGUCAGCACCGGCCCGGUGCAGCGACUUCAGCCUGGGGAAUGACGACGUGUUCUGCUCUGAUGUCCCCACCGAGGUCACCAGUGUCAGGAGCGGGACUGCCGGUAUUUAUUCGCCCAGCCGUGCACUCCUCGUGUAUUUCAACUAUCAUUAAAAAGUAGAUAUUAA